CCGAACCGCUGAUUCAUAACGCUCCGAAGCUUCCUAAAGCAGUGUUUUGAAAUCGGCCAUCACUAUAUAAGUCGUUAUUUUGUUUUUUUGGCGCACCAAAAAUAUUCUCGUCGCUUUAUAAUAUUAAUAUUGAACCACUGUACUCACAUGAACUGAUUUAAAUAUGUUUUUAGUACAUUAAUGGAUCUUGAGAGAGGAAAUGUCAUUGCUGGCUAUGCAGGCCUCACUGAGCCAUCGGAUUUCAACAAAAAUAUCUUAAUUUAUGUUCCGAAGAUGAACGAAGGUCUUACGGGUGUGGAACGGCAUGAGGGUGAGCAAUAAAUGACAUUAUUUUCAUUUUUGGGUGAACUAACCCUUUAAUCUCUAAGUUGCAAACUUUCUUGCACUAUUCCACUUCCAAUAGUCCCUUUCACGGCUCUGAUACAAGAACCCUCUACAGACGAGUGUCAAGGACAAUCCAGCUGUCAAGUAUUUAAGGCUCUUCACAAAGGCCCUGAUUCCAGGCUCAAAGCUGGAGAUAAUACGUUUGGAAGCAGAUUAAACAGGGGUUAACAGCGAGUGAUUAGCUGCUUUAUCUGCACUGGGCGGCAGAUUAACUGCCAUCGCUAACACAGAACCACACUACAGGGUGAAAGGGAUGAUCCGAAUUAGCCAGGUUUUGGUGCUGGAAAUGAGAUUAAGUGAAUUGUGUGUCUUGCACUGUACAAAUGUAGUUUUGCGUGUUGAAUCUGUUUGUCAUGUAUGUGUGUGCCUGCACAAGAGCCCGUGUGUUUGGUAGAUGACAACAAACCUCAAAUCCUUCCAUUAGGACCAUUUGGGAGGAGCAAAAUGCUGUCUUUUGGAUCCCUAUAAAAGAGGGAUCACUUGGCAGUAGUUUGAGGGAGCCUUCAUCUGGUGAUCAACGAAGAGAGAAUUUACAUCUCUUUUUGACUCUAUUUGCGAUGCUACAGUAAUCUACAGAAGGAAAUAACACGAUUGAUUUAAGCUUUAAGGUGUUCCAGCAUUCUCGGUGGACUGGUUGCCAGUUUCAAGCAAGAUGAAGGGAAUACCUGAGUUUCACGAAGACUUCUACAUCCCCAUCCCUUUAGAUACCAACAACAUCUCAGCUUACAGCCCUUUCCUGGUCCCCCAGGACCACCUGGGUCACCAUGGCGUGUUCUUUGCCAUGGCUGCCUUCACGUUCUUCCUUUUCGUCGGAGGGACUUCAAUCAACGCCCUUACCAUUGUUUGCACAAUUCAAUUCAAGAAACUCAGAUCUCAUCUUAACUAUAUUCUUGUGAACCUUGCCAUUGCCAACCUGUGGGUGUCCCUUUUUGGUUCCUCGUUAGCAUUCUAUUCCUUCUGGAAUAGGUACUUUAUCCUUGGGCCGACAGCAUGUAAAAUUGAGGGCUUCAAUUCAACGCUUGGAGGAAUGGUGAGUUUGUGGUCUCUUGCUGUGGUGGCUGUUGAAAGGUGGCUGGUCAUUUGCAAACCUCUUGGGAAUUUUACUUUCAAGACCCAUCAUGCCAUACUUGGCUGCAUAAUUCCUUGGGUUUUUGCAUUGGCAGCUUCACUCCCUCCACUGUUUGGCUGGAGCCGGUACAUACCUGAAGGUUUGCAGUGCUCUUGUGGACCUGACUGGUAUACGAUUAACAACAAAUACAACAACGAAUCCUAUGUCAUGUUUUUGUUCUGCUUCUGCUUUGCGGUUCCUUUCGGCGCCAUUGUGUUCUGUUAUGGUCAGCUGCUCAUCACACUUAAAUUAGCAGCCAAAGCUCAAGCAGAUUCAGCUUCGACCCAGAAAGCAGAGAGGGAAGUGACAAAGAUGGUGGUGGUGAUGGUGUUCGGCUUCUUGUUAUGCUGGGGUCCAUAUGCUUCCUUUUCUCUCUGGGUAGUUUCCCACCGUGGUGAAGCAUUUGACCUGAGAAUGGCAACCAUACCAUCCUGCCUUAGUAAAAGCUCUGCAGUGUACAAUCCUGUCAUCUAUGUCCUAAUGAACAAACAGUUCCGUUCCUGUAUGAUGAAGAUGGUCUGUGGCAAGAAUACUGAGGAUGAUGAGACUUCUUCUUCAUCUCAGGUCACCCAGGUCUCCUCUGUCGCGCCAGAGAAAUAAACCCAUUCUUAAUGUAACCUCAUCCUGCGGAGAGAACCACUCCGCUGGCAGUGAAAAAUAAUCUUACAAUGAUUGUAAAUAAUAAACAUAGACCCAAUAGGAAUUUUUGCUUUUAAUGUCAAAAUUUGUGUAACUUGGUCUUGGCUUGCUGAACAAGUAGAAUGAGUAGACGUUCAUUAUUAUGAUUAAAAAUGUACAAUAAAUGCAAAGAAAGAAAGACAGAAUUGUGUUGUUAAAUUUAUCAGUUCAAGAAUUGUGACAUACAUUACAAUAGUUUAUAUUAUAUUACAUUAGUCUUGUUUCUUCCUGUUUUAAAUGUGGUGAGCACACCAUUUUAUAACAACUAAAGCAUGAAAACAAGGAAAUAUCUUAUAUAUCUGAUUGUAAUCAAGUCCGUAGCCCAUGAGUAAUGAAGUAACACAUCGAGGGAUGGUCUGAAAAGCAAACAGAGUAUUAGGCUAUCUAUUAUGCAAAACUGCUUUGCAUUGAUUUGCUGCACAAGAAAAUAACAUUUUUUAAUUCAAUAAAAAUGAAUAAUGAGAAUUUAA